GUGAGCUAAAGGCGGAACAAGCGGCCCUACAGAGGGAACAAAGGACGACUGAUAUGGAAACAGCUUGAAGUCCAUCGCCCAGUAUCCAGCCACGAUGUCAAAGCGACCGUCGUACGCCCCUCCCCCUCCCCCCGCCCCAACUACACAAAUGCCUUCCACCCCAGGGUUUGUCGGCUACAACCCUUACAGCCAUCUGGCCUACAACAACCUCCGGCUGGGAGGGAGCUCCGGAGGCUCCAGCAGGAACUCCACAGGCAUCACCGUCCCGAAGCCUCCCAAACCUCCAGACAAGCCGCUGAUGCCCUACAUGCGGUACAGCCGGAAGGUAAGCAGGAAGGUAUGGGACCAAGUGAAGGCGUCCAACCCGGACCUGAAGCUGUGGGAGAUCGGAAAGAUCAUCGGGGGGAUGUGGAGGGACCUGACCGACGAGGAGAAACAGGACUACCUGAAUGAGUACGAAGCCGAGAAGAUUGAAUAUAACGACUCUCUGAAGGCGUACCACAACUCUCCGGCUUACCUGGCGUACGUCAACGCCAAGAACCGAGCCGAGGCCGCCAUGGAGGAGGAGAGCCGGCAGAGGCAGAGCCGUAUGGACAAAGGAGAACCGUACAUGAGCAUCCAGCCCGCCGAAGACCCCGAUGACUAUGACGACGGCUUCUCUGUGAAACACACGGCGGCCGCUCGCUUCCAGAGGAACCACCGGCUCAUCAGCGACAUCCUCAGCGAGAUCGUGGUGCCAGACGUGCGCUCGGUAGUCACCACGGCCCGCAUGCAGGUCCUGAAGAGGCAGGUCCAGUCCCUCAUGGUGCACCAGAGGAAGCUGGAGGCAGAACUUCUACAGAUCGAGGAUCGCCACCAAGACAAGAAAAGGCGCUUCCUGGAGACCACAGACUCAUUCAACACUGAACUGAAGCGGCUGUGCAGUCAGAAGGUGGAGGUUGACAUGGAGAAGCUGGCAGCAGAGAUGGCGGCCGCUGAAGAGGCGGCCAGGCGCCGGGCGGAGGAGAGAGAACGUGAGGCAGCCGAGCAGGCGGAGAAAGCUGCUCAGCAGGCUCAGCAACAACAACAACAACAACAGCAGCAGCAGCAGCAGCAGCAGCAGCAGCAGGAGGCAGCUGGAAACAAAGCUGCAGAGCAGAGCAGCACUAAUGCUGGUAGCACUGCUAACCCCACCUCAGGGACCAAGGAGGAGGACAAGCCCACACCCAUGGAGACUGAUGAAGCAACACCUGAAGAGCCCUCCUCAGACCCCCAGCCCGCUCCGGCACCUCAAUCUGACCCCCCAUCCUCCGCCUCCGAUAAAGCCACCCCUCCCCCCGAGCCCCCGAGGGAGAGCACCACUCCUAACAGCAGCAGCAGCAGCAGCGGCGCCCCCAGCGACGACAGCAGCAACAGCAUGCCCCCUCCACCUUCAGACAGCAACACCGGAGCAGCAGCAGCAGCCACAACAGCAGCCACAACAGCAGCCGCCCCCCCACCACCACCACCACCACCUUCAGACCCCCCGGCCACACAGGAAGCCAGCCCCAACGCAGGCAACCCCAACACGGCCGCCGCACCUCCGGCUCCACCCGCAACAGAAGAAGCAACCCCUCCUCCUCCUCCACCACUACUGCCCCCCAGCCAGAGCAGCCAACAGUAUGAUAUGUAAUAGUUAGACACACAGCGAUAGCCGUAGACCUUCCCGCACCCCUCCCUCUCUUCGGGGGGUGGGGGGACAGCAGCGACAUAAUUGCGCAGCAGGUUCGGACAACACGGACUCGUACGGCGGUUCUAUCAGAACAGAGGCUCCGGCUGUUUGAGGGUCUGUUUGUUUAUUAAGGUCAAUAAGUAGUUAAUAUGCAUUUCAUACAAGAGUGAUUGAGGAUGUAGGGUGUCACCAUCCUGCAGCUGGAACAAACACCUUGUAGGAGAAAUUAGACAAGAAAUCUGUGUAAGUAUGUUCUGCUCUGAUGAUGUGAAUGAAUUCAUUGAAACGUCACCAAAGAGUACAACGUUUUUGACCCAUGUGAGUUUGCGCUCCAGGAUAUUCCUCUUCUUACUUGAUACCUUUUUUUUUUGUUUAGUAUAAAAUGAGGACAAUAGUAGAGAGGCAGUAAAUGUCUAAGCAUGAAGCCCAGUGACCUGCUAGACAUUCUAAAUGACUAUCCAACCCUACACGUAACAACCUCCGUAUGACUGUCUGCUCCUCUGUGUUAACCAGUCUAUCCCAUUAGUUGUGUUUUUAAAAAUCCUCACACACGGUUUUCAGUCAGCAGCGUCCAUGUUCACAUCUGCUUGAAUUAAUUGAAAUUACAGUUCUUUUCCUUCUCCAUCACCUUGCUACUGUGAGAAGAGUUCUCAUUAGUUUAAAGUUUAUUAUCUGUGAUACAAACCAGGAUAAACCAUUACCAUAAGAAGUCCUGCUGAUGCCUGUUUGUUUUAUUUCAUAUACAUACAUCUAUUCUAACGUAGACCUCAGAACUCCACUGUGUAGACUUUAUACUGUUGUACAUGAUGUGGAUGAAAUGUUUGAAACCUGUAUAUUCCUCACUCAGUCAGUCAUGAUGUAUAAACCUUUAAAAGAAAUCAGCCUUUUUUUAUAUUUUUCUGCGACCUCGACAGGUUUUUACGUCACGAUUCACGUUAGGGCAGUCCCAAUUCUCCGAAAGCGUAACUUAUCAUGCGGCGAUAAAGAAAGUGCAACCUCUUCCUACUCCCCCCCACUCUUUAAAAGGCUCCGAAUUUUGUAGUUUCAUUUUGUGAUUUGCGAACUUUGUGUUUUUAGAGAUCUAGUACGACCCUUUUAGACAGAUUCAGUCUUAGUCUUAAACCUGUAUUCUUGAAUCAGAUGCCAUUUCUAACAUGUUUCAGUUGGGCUGGGUGAUGAUUUUCAGAUCUAAAUGUUAGACUGGAGAAAGCCACAUUUAAAUAAUUUAUGCACACACACACACACGCAUACGUAUAUUCUGCAUGCUUUACUAACUACAAACCAUAAUCCUGCAAGUAUUUGAACAGUUACUGAAGACUUGGAGUUAGUUGAGGGGUUUAAUUUUUCAGUGUUUCACUUCAAACAUCACACUGACAGUUUGUAAUAUCUCUAAGGUGCUUUUUUAAAAACAUACAGAUCAUUAAAAUGACCUGCAUUGUAUUCAUCACAUUAGAAUCUGUUAGAGCUUCCCUACAAGUUGAGGCUUUUUUUUUUUUUUUUUUGGACUGCAUAUUCCUGUUGACAUGACAACCAUUUAACUUUAUCAGUUUAACCCUCAUCCAAAUGUAACCUCAGUCUACUGCAUUUAAAGGACUGUUUUCUUACUUGAAUUGGACUGUUUUUAGUAAUAUGCCUGUUCUUUUUUUUCAUCUUUCUUUUGUACUGUCUGAACUUAUCUAUCCAAUAAAAAUGAUUUCUCAGUCUUUCAGCA